UCAUGACGCCCGGAAAUAGAACCAUAUAAAGGGGGAUAGGACCACUAGACCGUCGAACCAUCGGCUGAGUCAUUUGCUGGGUAUAAGACCAGUAAGCACAGCAAUGGAUCGGGUGAGGUCUGCAUUCAACGGCGUGAUGAGGAGUGAACGGUACAGCAGGUUCACUCUGCAGCCAGCAGAGAACGGAGAGAGACACGCCGAGGUCAAACUGUCCGACGAUGCCACAGAUGACGUCACAGAGUUGGAGGCGCAGGGCUCGCCGAGCUUCAGGCCCGCACCUCUCCGCCGGAGCCGGUGGACUGUUCUCUACGUGGUCCUGGGAAUCCUGCUGAUAUUUGUUAUUGGUUACGUGGUUGGAUACGCCAGCCACCAGAAACCUCAAGGGGAGCCUGUGGACUGCGGGGUACAGAAGGGUGUUAAAACAGACGGGACAACAACAGAACGGACCAUGACAACAACAUCAAGUGCUCCAGCUGCACCAGUUGCACCAGCUCCAGAACCUCAGCUGAACUGGAAGAAGCUCACUCAGUUGCUUGCAGAGAAACUCACCAGUCAGGCCUUUGAAAGCUCUCUGAGGGAAUUUGAUGAGCUCAGGCGCUCAGCAGGAAGUGAAGAAGAUAAGAGUCUGGCAAACCGCAUCUUUGACUCGUUCAAGAGGCUGGAGAUGAAGCCCUGGACAGACAUCCACCAUGUGCAGCUGCCGAUGCCAGACAGCCAGCGUCCAAACCGUAUUCAGUUUGGUUCAGAAGUCUUUAAGCCUACCGGGUAUUUGGCCUACAGCGCUGUUGGCAGAGUUCAGGGCCGGCUGGUGUACGGCAACUACGGUCGUAAAGAGGAUCUGGAUGUUGUACAGAAAGUUGUUGAGCUGAAAGACUCUGUGCUGCUGCUCCGUGCAGGAAAUCUCACUUUUGCUGAGCAGGUGAACAAUGCUGCCAUGAAGGAGGCUGCUGCUGUCCUAAUCUACCCCGAUCCUCAAGAUUACCCAUUUAACACAGACACAGAACUCUAUGGACAUGUGCAUCUGGGCUCAGGUGACCCCUACACUCCUGGAUUCCCCUCCUUCAACCACACUCAGUUCCCCCCAACUAACUCAUCUGGCCUACCCAAAAUCCCAGCCCAGACCAUCAGCGCCAACGUGGCUCAAACUCUUCUAAAGAAAAUCGGUGGUUUAGAAUCAAACACAAGCAGCGGUUUUAAAGGCGGUCUCUCGUCUGUGUCUUACAACCUGGGAGGCAAAGAGAGCAUCAUUGUUGAGGUGAACAACGUGUUGGUCAACAGUGAACUCCACAAUGUGUUUGGAGUAAUCAAAGGAUUCGCUGAUCCUGAUCGCUACGUUUUGCUGGGAGCUCAGAGAGACGCCUGGGGAAACGGUUACGCUAAAGCCAAUGUAGGCACCUCUGUACUGAUGGAGCUAGCCAAGGCCUUCCAUGAGAUGGUGGAGAAUGAUGGGUUCAGGCCCAGGAGAAGCCUGGUGUUUGCAAGCUGGAGUGCUGGAGAGUACGGCAGCGUCGGCGCCACCGAGUGGCUUGAGGGUUUUAUAUCCUCUAUUGACAGAAAUGUGAUAACCUACAUAAGCUUGGAUGGAGUCGUCCUGGGUCAUGGGAGUUUUAUAGCCUCGGCAAGUCCGCUGCUCUACAGUCUUCUUCAGAGCACAAUGAAGGAGGUGAAGAGUCCUCUUGGUGAUGGCACAGUGUACAGCAUGACUGUAAGAAACAACGGGAGCUGGGACACCCAAGUAAUGAGGCCAAUGUCGAUGGAUGAUCCUGCUUAUCCCUUCCUGGCUUUCUCUGGAAUUCCUUCAGUCUCCUUCCACUUCAUCAAAACCCAGAUCGAGUCCUACGUUUACUACGGCACCAGCCUGGACAACAAGGAUCACCUCUCCUACCAAACCAACCGGCGUACCAGCGAGAUGACGGCAACUGCGGCGCAGUUUGCUGGUCAGAUGGCUCUGCGACUGGUCCACGACCACAAGCUGAGCCUGGAUGUGAAUCGAUACAGCAACCUGAUCAACAAAGCUGUGCUCACAGUCUACGGGCGCAUUAAAAAGCUCUUGCGGUCUGGUGAGCUGAAAGAUGUUGAUCCUGAAUGGUUGAACCGUGCACGAAGCUCCUUUAAGCGAGCAGCUGAUGGCAUCGGCACCGCUGUUGAUAACACCGACUUGACUGACCCGGAGGCCAGUCGGAUCCUCAAUGACAGGAUCAGGAUGGUGGAGCACUGCCUCCUCUCUCCAUACGUGUCGCCCAUUGACACGCCUUUCCGCCACCUCGUGUUCGGCCGGGGCUCCCACACUUUAGCAUCCAUCGAUGUGUCCGACACAAAGCAGCUCCGCACCCAGCUGGCUCUGGCCACUUGGAACCUGAAGGCAUGUGCCAACGCCAUGAUGGGAAACGUGUGGGACAUCGAUAAUGAAAUCUAAAAGCAGAGAUGCGAGCUUGGGAGUUGCUUUUGUGUGAGACAGUUUAUUAGAAAGUACAUUUUAAAGUUCUGAUUUAAGCGGGCAAGCACAAGCUGACUGUUAGAGGUCCCGUACCUUAAUUCCAGGGUUAUAAUUAGGUUUUUUUUGGGGGGAAGGGGGCUUAUCUUACAAUUAAUCCCACAAAUAUUAACGUAGAGAGGAGGGAAAAUAUGAGAUUUAAAUAUUAAACCAUCACCGAAUACUUGAAGAAAUACUACUGAUAAAUUUGCUGGCUCUCUUCCAGCUCCACCGUACGCAUCAAACCAGGCGAAGCCUUUGCUGCAACCUCUUGCCAUCAAAGCACUGACACCUUAUUUCUACUGUCUUAUGUUUUAUUUAUCAGUGGCAGUGUCCACUAUAAAUGUUUAGUCUUUUCACUACAGCGUUAUCGGAAGCAGUGCCUUCCAUAAUUAUGACGGUUAUACUGUCGAAAGCUACGGCAGCAUCUGCUACAGAAACGACUCCUCAACUGUUGCUAACUAAAUGGAGCCUCGGAAAGUUCGAUUUCCAUUGUCCUGGCAGUAAUCUCUCCCCUUUUGGUGCAGAGAUUGUAUUUAUUCAAACUACUUAAACAAUUAGGUGUGUAGUUUGCCAAAAGGAACGAAUUAAAGGUAUUAAACGGUUUUUUAAUUGGUUUGUCCACAAGCAAGUAGAAGCUAAAAGAGAUGAAAUUGUCUUGAUAUUUGGAGAUUAAAUUGUUUAAUUGUUCACUUGAUGGCGGUUCACAUACUAAAUUUUAAAGGAAAAGCAUAAAAAACCUUGCAGACACCGAAGCAAGACCCCAAAUGAGCUGAUUGGUUAGAGAAUUUGCAAGGAAGCCGUUUAUGUUGCACAGUCCAAGUUGGAGCACUUAUCGGUAUUAUCGGGAGCAGUGCCUUCCAUAAUUAAAACACAUUAUCGGGAGCAGUGCCUUCCAUAAUUAAAACACAUUAUCGGGAGCAGUGCCUUCCAUAAUGAUUGAUGAUGACGGUAGUUUUUGCCUACCAUUUUGUGAGGUCUUUUGUUUUUUUUUGGUAUGUGUGUAUUUAUCGGGAGCAGGGUCUCUCAUAUUUCACUUUAAAGGUGGAACAACUUAUCGGGAACAGUGUUUCCCAGAGUUUUAUACUUGACAUAUUUAUUUGUUUUAUUUUUAUGUGUGUUGCAACAGUCCUCUGGACCUUCAGUGGUUUCCUGUUUUGAUGAUUUGAUUGUUUAAUUAUGAUCUAUACUGUGUCUCAUGAGAAUGAGCCUCAUUCAUACAGGAUCAACUUUACAGGGGAGGUGGACAGCAAAAUCUUUCAGGCUCUGAUUUAAAUGUGAGGAAGUUGUAGGAUGUUGUGUGUGUGUGUGUGUGUGAUGGAUGCAGACAUCCAGUUGUGGUGUAGACUUUAAAAUUGUAAGGUAAUCUGAGCUCUGAACAAACGUGAUUCCCGUACUGGUAGCUUUCAUUCUAACAGAGGCUUCCUGAUAUUGUCUUCAUGUAAGGGUAAUUGGACAACUAGCAGGCUGCUUUCAUCAUUGGAUUUAAAGUUGGUGACCACCUCCCCCUGAGAAGUGAUUCCAGUUUGAAUGCGGCUGUAGAUUUCAGACUUUUCCAGGUUAAGUAGUUCAACACUGGUCAAUGUUUUAAAUGCACCGUAUUUGUUGUCGGUAAAGAAAAAGAUCAGUCAACCUUGUCAACUCUAAACCUCGUAUUUCAAACUUCAGUUACCCGCGCUGUUCUACACAUGAAUUCACUCCAAAAGCCAAAUUUAGCUUUGCAUGCAUUUCUCCUGCACUUAUGCAUUCAGAAUCAGAGCUUUUACCCAAACGGCUGUUAAUUCAACUACUCUCACCUUUUUUUUCUUUUUUUCUUUUAAUCUGAAUUGUAUGUUUUAGGUCUCUGAAAUGGAUUUAAAACAUAGUAACAGAGGAGGGGAAAAAAAACAAAGAUAAUUUCAAAUAGUUUGCUUUCAAAAUCAGUAUUUUUGUCAUCUGUUACUAGACUUUGUAAGAAUCGUCUAGCUAGCGCUUAGGUUGCUGGGAAAUGUAUUUCUCCUCACUGUUCAGCUUUGUUUCUGCAAUAUAAAAAUGUGUGUAAUGUGAUUUCCAGUUUCAGAUUUAAGACAAGUGUCAUUAAACCAUCGAGCAUC